AUGGAGAGGAGAGAUUCUUUGCACCUCGGAAUCCACGUCACUGAUUUCCACUCCAAUACAUGGGAGGCUGUUCGGUUGGUUAGUCAGCUGGAUGAUAUGCAAGACAACAUUGGAGUAAGAGGCACUUGGUCGGAGUUCAUAGACUAUCUUGUAAAUUCCAUAAAAUCUAAAGAUACAAAACUUGUUUUGGAGGGACCUUCAAACUCAGAUGGUGCUAUAGCUGCAAAGUUAGUUGCUCAGAAGGCUAAAGGAAUGCCUAAAAUUUCCAUUGCUAUAACAAAGCUUGUGGGCUCGACUGCUAUUGAGGCUAUUGCAAAUCUCUCUCUUCAUCUCUUCAAAGAGUUCAAAAGAAUCAACGAGUCUUAUGUUGAAGAACAUGAGCAGUCUAUACAAUUGUCUAAAGUGGUAUCAGCGGAAAAGGAAAGAAAUGACAGCAUCUAG